CUGUAGUGGUUGACUGGGUGAGCAGCGAGCUCGCCGUGCCUGGCCAAGACGCGAGCUCUUCUGCAGGUGCCGAGGAGCGCCAGGGCGUUGGCCUCCGCCGGAAGGGCACGAUCAAGGGCCAGCAUGCACGCCGAGACAGAGGACACCGUGCUGCGGCAGCUGACGGAGGCCUUCGGAAACCGGAAGUACUUCCUCAUCUCGGCGGGCGUGACCUUUCUGCUGAUGCUUGCCGCCUUGGUGACCGCCUCGAAGCACCUGAACAACGUGCGCAAUCAGGCGGUAGACCCCCGGCGCCGGGUACCUUUCCGGCUCAAGCAGAUCAACAGUCAAACCAUGGCAGACGGCCUCCUGCAGGACCUCGCCCACUUCAACGAGGUUCUGGGACCACACCCUAAGGCAGGCGACAAGAUGUCGACGGAGGAGCCCGCCUGCAGGCAUCCAGACUGCCAUUGGGUGUCGCUUUACCUGAACAACCGCGAGCACAACACGGUAGACCCGUGCACCGAUCUCUACGGGCACGCAUGCAACCACCAGUGGCGCGGCAGUGGCGAGUACCCUUUCGGACCCCACUCCUUCCGGCAGCUGGCCGUGGGAACGAUGGUAGCCAACCUGCACAACUACUUCAACCGAACCUCGAAGCAGACUUUCCAGGAUCACCUCAAGGGACGCUUCCUACAUCAGGUGUCUAACCUGUACAUGGACUGCAUCAUCGAGUACAAGGGCAAGAACGAGGGCGAGACUCUCCAGGACGCUUUGAAAGACUUCCACAUCCACGAGGCGAACCACGACGAGAACCUGACUAGUCUACUCGGCUCACUGGAUCGAGAACUGCGCGUGUUUCCUUUUGUGACGGUGUCUCUAGCACCCGACACACUGCGUGUGAGCGUCACACCAUCCACUACGCUGUUGAAAAGGUAUUUCUUGUCAGCAGAACGGCCAUCGGACGAGGACUACACGCGGAUCCUGGCACAGGCCAUGGCGCUCCUGAAGCCAGAGACGGACGUGCGCAAGCACGCGCAGAACGUGCACGACUUUGAACGAAGCUUACAGAGCUCCAUAGCAGUCCUCGUGCGGGCUCAGAAACAGAGGUCCACGCCGGUUCUUGUUCAAAACUCUUGGGACGAGUACCACUCCUUCUGGAAGUGGGACGAGUACUUCAACUCGCUCAUGGCCGAGCGGAGGGGCUUCCGCAUGUCUCAAUUGCUGGUCACGCCUCCGGACCUUCUUCAGCGACUCUCGACAGUCAUCGGAGAGACGGACACGCGCACGCUGUUCGACUACAUCCGCUUGCGGUUCGUCGUGUUGGUCGCUCCGUUCCUCUCCGAGGACUUCCGGUUCCUCCUUCCGCUUGGCCACGCGUACCACCAGGCCAAGGUUCCGGUCCGGUCCCUGGCUUGCCUUCACUCCAUAGAGAACAUUUACCCGUACGCCAUGUGGUUCCUGGCGUCCACCGCGAACCAGAUGAGCGUCGAGCCAGUCACGUGGAAGGAACAGCAUAAGACUGUGCACGCCCUCACCGCGGCCUGCAAGAAAGUCCUACGAGACCACAUUGCGGACGAAGACUGGAUGAUGCCCGCCGAGCUAGAGAACACCCUCUCGAAGAUCAACGCCAUGGGCGUGGUCACCGAACACGACUUGGAACAGGAGAUGCCAACCUUGAUCCGUUACUACUCCAGACUAGCGGUGCCGCUCGUGAGCCAGUCCCCAUUCCAGGCGUUCCUCACUCUACAGCAGUCCAGCAGCCAAUUGUAUUGGACGUCGGGUGACGAGAACCUGGAGGUUGACACUAGAAUCACGGCCAGCAGUUUGGUACCGGGAUACGAGUACCGGGAGGCCAACAAGAGCGUGUGGAUCUCGCCGGCAAGCGUGGCGCUUCUGACGGCAGUCAACGUGGCGCCCAUCUUUCUGAUGCCUUCCGUGCUUCCUUACAUCAUCAUGGGAUUGACGACGCCCGUCUACUCGGCGGCCGCGAUGCGGGGAUACAUGCGGCAUCGAGAGACGAACACCAAGUUGGCCAAAACGAGGCUGUGCGUCUUUGAGCAGUACUACGCCGGCAUGACGGACCUGGUGAAGCAGGACGUGGCGCUGGACGUGGCCCGCAACAAGUUCGUCGAGUUCGGAGUGCUGAUGACGCUGCUCUACGACGUCUUCCAGAUAUACAAGAACGUGACGACGACGAUGACGCUGGGCGUGGGAGCCUACGCGGAGGACAACUCGACGGACACGGCGCUCGACCGGAUGUUCCUGACGGCUUGGGCCCUUACCCAGUGCGACGAGACGGUACCGGCGUUUCAAGAGCGGGGAACGACGUUGUUGCCGAUAGCCCGCGAGCACCUCGCGGCGCAGUCAAACGCGAGGGAACAGACGAUGAUACGUUUCAUGGAGGUGCCACCACGACUACUCGUAGACAUAUCGGCGCAGAACUUCAGAAAGUUCACCAACAUCUUUAACUGUCCGGCUGGCAGUGCCAUGAACCCCGUAUUACGCUGCAAGAUGUUGUGAGCGCGGCUUGUGCUACUUGGUAGUGAGAAGAGGACAGGGCCGGCAAAAUGAAAACAGGCCGUGAAAGAGGGGUGUUGUUAGUCA